AUGACUCUGGCACCUUCCACCCUGCACCGACUGGCACCUUCCCCCUCAAUUUUACCUUCCACCCCCACCCGACAACUCAUGCACAUUCCACCCGGACAACUCAUGCACUUCCACCCCACCCGACGACUCUGGCACCCCACCCCACCCGACGACUCUGGCACCUUCCACUUCUGGCAUGACUCUGGCACCUUCCAACCGACGACUCCCACCCCCACCCGACGACUCUGGCACCUUCCACACCUGACAAUCAUGGCACCUUCCACCCCCCACCCGACGACUCUGGCACCUUCCACCCCCACCCGACGACUCUGGCACCUUUCCACCCCCACCACGAUUCUGGCACCUUCCACCCUCCACCCGACGACUCUGGCACCUUCCACCCCCACCCGGCACUCUGGCACCUUCCACCCCCCACCCGACUCACGACACCUUUCUGGACGACUCUGGCACCUCCACCCGACGACCCGACGAGACUCUCUGACACCUGACGACUCUGGCACCUCCACCCGACGACUUGACUCUGGCACCCUCCACCCGACGACUCUGGCACCCUCCACGACUCUGGCACCUCCACCCGACGACUCUGGCCCUCACCUCCAAUUCGACGACUCCACCCGACGACUCUGCACUCCUGACGACUCUGGCACCUCCUCCACGACGACUCUGGCACCUUCCACCCGACGACUCUGGCACCUUCCACCUCCACCCGACGACUCUGGCACCUUCACCCCCCCACCGACUCUGGCACCUUCCACCCUCCACCCGACGACUCUGGCAUCAUCUACCUCUCAACCUUGUCACCCUGAACCCCACAUCACUGGCUCCCUCCAACCUUCUCCAUAUAACACACUUUUUUCUCCCCCCCUCCCCCCAUCCUGUGGCCCUGGCCACCGCAUCGCCACGCUCUAUCUCUUCCGAGCCUGCUCCAACCACGACCCAAAUACACAGAUGUCACCUCUCCUCCUCCAACGCCACAGAUGUCACCUCUCCUCCCUCCAACGCCACAGAUGUCACCUCUCCUCCUCCAACGCCACAGAUGUCACCUCUCCUCCAACGCCACAGAUGUCACCUCCAACGCCACAGAUGUCACCUUCUCCUCCAACGCCACAGAUGUCACCUCCUCCAACGCCACAGAUGUCACUCUCCUCCAACGCCACAGAUGUCACUCUCUCUCCUCCAACGCCACAGAUGUCACCUCCUCCAACGCCACAGAUGUCACUCUCCUCCAACGCCACAGAUGUCACCUUCCUCCUCCACGCCACAGAUGUCACCUCCAACGCCACAGAUGUCACCUCUCCUCCUCCAACGCCACAGAUGUCACCUCUCCUCCUCUAA